ACCUCAUCCGCCAUCAUGUCCCACUCCAUCUUCGACGCCCUCACAGGAGUAACUCUCGAGGGCUCGGGAGGAUUGACAGUCCAACAACUUCUUGAGACCCCAGGUUUGAUCCAGAGCACUGUCACAAUAUCUGGGGGACCUCCCACCGUAACCUCGACAAGCCACCAAGGAACACAGCUCUCUCCCUCCAUCACAAAUACGAGUAUAAGUAAAUGGGGUGAAGGAGUUCCUUUAGACGAAGAUGAUGUAUUUCAGUGUGGGAGAUGCAAAAAACAGUUUUCAUCGCUGGAGUUGUUUGUGCUCCACAAACGUGAUCAGUGCUCAGGAAAAAAUGGAAAUCUUCGGGCCUUGCAAGCACCCCAGGGUGGCCUUCCCCCGUCAGCCACAGAUCACACUGGUUUUGAAGCAGAGAAUUCUGCGCUUGCAAAUCAAAUCCAUGUGCAAGUACAACCUCAUACAGCUCCAGUGAGUAAAUCUGGUUUCUUUUUUGGGGGUAGGGGGGGAUUUUGUUAUACAAAAUAAAUUGUGCUGUGUAUU